AUCAACAUCUACAACAGAUCAAUGGUUUCUGGUUCAUGCCUAUGAUGACCCCUGCAAUUCAACAGGCCAUUGCUGAGUUCAAUCCCCAUCCUAAUGAUGUAAUCUUAGCUUCAUUUCCAAAAACCGGUACAACAUGGCUCAAAUCUUUGCUUUUUUCUAUCAUAAAUUACUCCUCCCGUGAUUCUCUAGUCAAGAAUAACCCCCACGCACUUAUUCCUUUCCUAGAAAAUGAUGUCUAUGGAGAAUCAUCAAAACCAAUUAGCAUUAUGUCAAAUGAUACUACUAGGAUCUUCAAUACCCAUAUUCCUUACCAAUUAUUAGGCAAAAACAUUGAAUCCUCAGGUUGUCGUGUGGUUUAUAUCACUAGAAAUCCAAAGGACACCUUAAAUUCAUUGUGGCAUUUUGUGAAUAAGUGGGAGAUGACCAAUGUAGCACCGUGGGGGAUGGAAGAAGCUGUAGAGAAAUUUUGCCAUGGGAUUGUCCCUGAUGGACCUUACUAUGAGCAUGUGUUGGGGUAUAGAAUCGCAAGUUUUGAGAACCCUGAUAAAGUGUUUUUUGUUACUUAUGAAGAGUUGAGAAAAGACACAGUUACUCAUGUCAAAAGAUUGGCUGAGUUUUUGAGUUGUCCUUUUGCUGAUGACGAUAAGAAAGUUGAGGAGAUAGUGAAGAGUUGCAGCUUUGAGGUUUUAAGUAGUCAUGAAGUUAACAAGUGUGAUGAUUUGCAAGCAUGGUUUCCCGUGUCCAACAAAUCAUUUUUUAGGCAAGGUACAAUGGGUGAUCAUAAAAAGUACUUAAGUGAAGAGGCUAUUGAAAAGAUUGAUGCACUCACAAAGGAGAAAUUUCACAAAUGUGGUUUCAUUUAUGGGAUUUAGUGUCUUUGUUUCUAUGGAAACUUUUUGUUAUAACAAUGUACUCCUCAUUUCAUGUUUCAACCUUUAUGCUUUAAUUUCUUCGUGAUUUAUGGGAUUUAGUGUCUUUGUUUCUUCUUCUCCAAGUGUCUUUGUUUCUAUGACAUAUGUAAUAAGA